CCCUCACACCAUCAGCACACCGAACUUUUCCUUUCCCCAUUUUAGAGAGAGAAACAAAACCCCUCAACCAUCUUCUCUCUCUACCCAUAGGGCUUUUUGCAGAUCAAUUCUGCUGGGGUUUCUCGCACUGACUAAUUCUUCAUUUUCUCAAUUCAACUUCGGCUUCUUAACUUUUUUAGGAUAUUUUUUUUCUUUCUGAAAUUGGGGGAUGGACUAUGUGGGCAGACGGGUGAAGAAGGAGUUCAAAGGGCACGGGACGUUCUUCGGUUUGGUAAAGGCAUACGACGCGGCGACUGGGUUUUUCAAGAUCGUAUACGACGACGGAGAUUCCGAGGAAUUGGAGUUGACGGAAGUCUCUUUACUCUCGAUGUCCGCCGAGCCUCCGCCGCCGCAGCCGUCGGGAUCGUCUGCUGGGAGGCUGGGGCGCAAGCCGAAGAAGCGACGGCGCAUUGGUGUAACAGGUAAAGAUGAUGAUAAUUCAACAGAUGGGGCAAUUUCUUACAGUUUAGUAGAUAGAGAUGGGGACUCUGGGGCAUUUGACUUGAAUUUGACUGAAAGACUAGAUUUGAAUGAUGAUGCCGUUAAUUGUUUGCGUGAUGAUGGUCAUGGGGGUAAUGUGCAUGGUGAUGGGACUAAACUGCAUGGCUUAGAUUUGAAUGAGGGGGUGAAUUUAGAGCUGGACGAGGGGUUACACCUGAAUAAGGAGAGUAUUAAAGAUGACUCCCUGGAAAGAAAUAAAAUGAUUGAUUUGAAUUUGGAUGUAAAUGAGGGUUUUGAGAAAUUGAGUGAUGAGAGAGAAGGGCGAUGCUUUGACCUGAAUUUACAACUAAUGGAGGAUGAGGUGAGAAUUUUGGAAGGUUGUGAUGCACGACUGGGAGUGGGUGAAAAUGGUUGUUCUAGAGAAAAUAUGCAGAUGAAGGAAGAGUUGGUGGAGGAUGAUGCCGUGGGAGUUUUAGAGAAUGCAGAUGGAGAUAAGGUGGAUCCUGUAGUUCACAUAGACAAGAAAGAAGAUAGCCAAUUGAAGAACUGUGCCGAUGUGGUUGAUAAUGGUGUGGCUAAUAUUGAGAAUGUGGCUCCAUUAGCUGCGCAAGUCAAGAGAAGGGGUAGAAAGAAAAAAAAUGUAUCAGAUAACAGUAUUGAAGUGGCCACACAAUUGGAUAUUGAAACAAGGAAUAUGAACUUAGAGUUGGAAAGAAGAGAUGAAACCCCAUCGAAAAAUGUCAGUGAUUUAGUCGAUCGUGAUAAUGGAGUCUCAGAAACAGUAUUGAGAGGGAGAAGAGGUAGGAAGAAAAGAGAGUUACCGAAUAAUGAAGUUACCUUGACAACUCCUGAGACUGGUUUGAGAAGGAGCAGUCGUAGAGCAAAAAGAGCUGCUUUAUCUGAUGUAGACCAAGUAUUUAACGAAACAGAGUUGGUUGGCAUCAAUCAACAGUUCUCUUCUCCAGCCAUAAGCAAUGUGUCUCAAGAAAGGGUUACGGUGACAGCUCGAGCAAGUUUUUCCGAUCAUGUUGCUCUUCCACCCAAGGUGAAGUUGCCACCACCUUCUUGCGACAUGGACUUAAUUGGAGUUUCGCUGUUUCAUUUGGUUUCUGUUUAUACGUUUCUGAGGUCAUUUAGUACUUUGUUAUUUCUAAGCCCCUUCAAGCUGGAUGAUUUUGUAGCCUCUGUUAAAUCUAGUGAUUCAUCAUUAUUGUUCGACUUCAUUCAUGUUUCUCUUCUAAAAACAUUACGGAAACAUUUGGAGACCCUGGCAGCUGAAGGCGUUGUCUCUGCAUCUGAUUGUUUGAGGUCGCUUAAUUGGGAUUUUCUUGACUUGAUUACAUGGCCAAUGUAUGUUGUUGAGUAUCUGUUGUUGCACAGUCCUGGUUGUAUUCCUGGUUUAGAUCUUUGUCAACUAAAGUUUUUUCAGAAUGACUAUUACAAACUGCCGAUCUCAGCAAAGGUUGAGAUCCUGCAGCAUCUCUGUGAUGAUGUAAUUGAAACGGAGGCCUUUAAGUUGGAGCUGAACAGAAGGAUUCUUGCAACAGAUAGGCAAACAGAUUUGGACCGAAAUAUGAAACUUGAGAGCAGCAGAAAAAGAAAGAGCAUAGUUGAUGUUGCUAGCACUUCCUGCAUUACAGGAGAUGAUGCUGAGGAACCUGCAGAUUGGAACAGUGAUGAAUGCUGUCUGUGUAAGAUGGAUGGGAACUUGAUAUGCUGUGAUGGCUGCCCUGCAGCAUUCCAUUCAAGGUGUGUAGGGGUUGUCAGCAGCAUGUUGCCUGAGGGUGAUUGGUAUUGCCCUGAAUGUGUGAUUGAAAGGGAUAAGCCUUGGAUGAAAGUGAGUAAGUCAACUCGAGGGGCAGAACUGUUGGGGAUUGAUCCCUAUGGACGACUGUACUAUAGCAGCUGUGGUUACCUAUUGGUGUUAGAGUCAUGCAAUGAUGAAUACAUGUUUGGUGCCUACAAUAGAAAUGACUUAACUGCACUGAUUGAAGCCCUAGAGUCGUCGCCAUGCAUCUACGACAAAUUGAUUAAUGCUAUCUGUAAGAAUUGGAAUGUAAGUCGUGGAAGUUGUGGUACCAAAAAUGAUUUGGACACUCGAUCUUGCUCUAUACAGUCAGCUUUUCCUGAAAACGGGCAAAUACCAGAUAUGCUUUUAGUACCUUCAGAAGCCAUUAUCAGGAAAGAUACAUGUUCUAAAAAAAGGUCAGAUGAAAAGUCUAUGGUGACUAUUUAUUCCAGUAAUGAAGAACUUCUAAAUGCUGAGCGUGUUACAGCAUUGCUGGAGACUGGCAACAAUGGAUCGAAGAUGGAAAAUCAUUUAGCAAGUUCUGAAGGAUCAGCUGAAGUCUCUCAGACUUCAAUGAAGACCGAUAACCCAAAGGAAAGUGUGCUAGAGUGUACAAAAAGAUGCUUUGAUACUUCAGAUUGUUGUGAUAUUCCAGAGAAACUUGAAAAAGAGAAGAAUAUUCGUUCUAAAAGUUCUAGCCAUAAACCGUAUUCCAUAAACUCUAAAGUAGAAGUGCAUUAUGGGACAAAUUAUAUGAACUGCUAUGAGUUUGCUCGUACAGCUUCAGCUUUUUACGAAGAAUAUUCUCGUAAAUCAUCAGAUAAGACCUCUGGUGAUGCCCCAAGAUCUAUUGAAGAAGUUUUAGCUGGACAACUGAAGAUUGUAUCAAAUAGAUCUGUUGAAUUUUCUUGGUCAAAUAUUCAAAAUUCAAACAUGACCUCAAGGAAAGAAAGGUGUGGAUGGUGCCUCUAUUGCAGGGUUACUGAAGAAGAAAGGGAGUGCUUAUUUUCUAUGAAUGAUAGUAUUCCAGCAGUAGAGAAAUUUUCGUCCGAAGCUUUAGGAAUCCAGUCACAAAAAAAUGUGAAGAACCAUCUGAUUGAUGUCAUGUGCCACAUUAUAUGCAUGGAAGAUCAUCUGCAGGGACUUCUGUUGGGCCCAUGGUUAAAUCCAGACUAUUCCAUGCUUUGGCAUGCCAGUGUUUGUGGAGCAACUGAUAUUGCUUUGUUGAAAAAGUUGCUGCUCAAGCUAGAGUCAAAUUUGCAUCAUCUAGCACUAUCUGCUGACUGGAGAAAGCAUGUCGAUUCUGUUGCUACGGUUGGCUCUGCUACUCAUAUUAUCAGCAGUUCUGCACGAGCAUCAUCAAAACACGGAAUUAGCAGGAAAAGAGCCAAGUCUUCUGAUGUGAGCGGACCAUCUUCAAAUGCUGCAACUGGUCUUAGUUUAUUCUGGUGGAGGGGUGGAAGGGGCUCACGCACACUCUUCAAUUGGAAGGUUUUGCCUCACUCUUUGGCUUCCAAAGCUGCCCGACAAGGUGGACGCAGGAAGAUACCUGGCAUACUGUAUCCUGACAGUGGAGAGUAUGCUAAGAGAACUAAAUACGAUUCCUGGAGAGCUGCUGUUGAGACCUCAAGAAGUGUGGAACAGCUUGCUCUGCAGGUUAGGGAGCUGGAUGCUAAUAUUCGAUGGGAUGAUAUUGGAAAUAACAAGCUUCUCUUGAAGAUAGAGAUGGACUCAAAAAAACCUGUCAGGUCAUUUAAGAAGGUUAUAGUUCGUAGGAAGUGUUCUGAGGGAGCUGCGGUCAGGUACCUUCUGGAUUUUGGCAAAAGAAGGUUCAUUCCUGAUGUUGUUGUCAAACAUGGAUCCAAGCCUGAAGAUUCCUCAAAUGAGAAGAAAAGAUAUUGGCUUGAAGAGUCUCACGUUCCAUUGCACCUCGUGAAAGCUUUCGAGGAGAAAAGAAUUGCUCGCAAGUCCAAUACCAUGAAGUCUGGAAAAUUUAGUGAGAGCAGUGGAGUAAUGAAGAAGCCCUUAAAGGAAAAAGGAUUUUCUUAUCUUUUCUCAAGAGCAGAAAGAUUGGACUAUUAUCAGUGUGUGCAUUGUAAAAAAGAUGUGCUGAUCAGGGAAGCAGUGAGCUGCCAGCAUUGCAAAGGCUUUUUCCAUAAACGACAUGUUCGGAAAUCUGCUGGAUAUAUCACUACUCAGUGUAAAUAUACUUGCCAUAAAUGUCAGGAUCUGAAGUUUGUGAAAACUGAUGCAAGGAAGGGGAAAUCUGAGUCCACAAAACUUAAGAAUGCAUCAAAAAGUGUAAAACUGAUACGCUCAGGGAGAGGGAGAAAAAAGGGGAAAGCUAAGCUACUAGUGAAUUCUAAAAGCAAAAAAGGUGUUCCUUUUGUUGUUCCUUUGCGUCGUUCGGCUAGGAAUGCUGAACGUAUUGCAAAACUUCCAGUGCAGAACAGUAAGGUAAAAAAAAGAAAAAGGGGAAGAAAGCCUAAAUCGGACAAGUACAAGUCUAAGAAGCCCAAGAACAAUAGUUGCAAGAAACAGAGGACGCCUGUUACGAGCAGUUAUUGGUUGAACGGUCUACGACUCUCAAGAAAGCCUGGUGAUGAAAGGCAUCUCAGGAAUAGGAAGCUUCUUGUCCUUUCAGGUGAGGUAGAUUGCAUCCUCAAUAAGACUAAAUGCAGCCUGUGCCGCGAAGUGGAACAUAAUUCUAAACUGAAUUAUGUGGGUUGUGAAAUUUGUGGAGAUUGGUUUCAUGGAGAUGCUCUGGAUCUUGGAGCUGAUAAAAUUGAAAACGUUAUUGGCUUUAGAUGCCACAUGUGUCUCAAUAAGACGCCUCCUGUCUGCCCUCGUCAUAGUCCAGCUGAAAGCAGCAAGCCAGAACUGUUUUCAGAAAAUAAUGCCAAAACUGAAUGCACCGGGGAAGGUCCUUAUUGUUUGGCCAACCCUGAGGAUGGAUUAGACUAUCAAAAGUCUCAUUUAGAUGAUAAAUCCAUUGAUACACUUUCAACUGUUAAUAUGGAGAAGCAGUUGCAAGGAUCCGUGCCUGAGUCACACCUGAAAGACUUAGAGAUGGCCGAGAAGAUUUUUUUAGGGAAUGAUCCUAUUGAACUUGGCGGAGCGAAAAAAAAUGUGUUGAAUACUCUUGAAACUGUAUCUAUCUUUCCUAACUCUGACAUGGUCAAGGAAGCUGAAUGUCAAACUACAACGCGUGACCUUGUGGAGAAUGGUAUGACAAACAAUGAUCAUUCUGAUAUCUGCAGCAGAUAGAGCUCAUUCUGACAUAACUACAGUUGUCUUCAAAAACCAAUUUUUGGUGUCAGGCCAUUAUACAAAUAAACCCUUGGCUUGAUGCUACUCUGGAGUUGGAGAUUAUGUGACAACUUUGCCAAGUGUCCAAUAGCACCGUGGUUUGAUAGAGGCUGGAGCAACAUAUGCAGUUUCUUAGAGCUGAACCAUUAUCUUGCCCUUUAUAGAGGUUUGCUGUUCUUUCCUAUUUAAUCUAAUUUUCUUUUAUUACCUGUGAUGACACUAAUGAUGCUUCAAAAAAGUCUUGGACUCCAUAAUAUUGACAAAGAAAUCUGGGAACACUGAUAAAUUAGCCAAAGUGUCUGAGCGGUUAACCUGAGUUUAUGGAUAUUCUGAGAACUUCAUUUAAUGUCACAAAAGUAAGCGAAAAUUGUGGUGGAAACUGUCGGUAGUUUGAUGCCAAAAUGGGUAGUCUUUUCCUUUUGAAAUUGUAAAUUGAGGUAAUAGAGAGACUAAUAAGCUAAUAUUGGAGGUUAUGCUUCAUUGAGUGCUUGCCACCAUACAUUUACUGGUAUGUCUUUGUUAGUGCUACGAGUGCCCACAGAGUGUGCUGCACUCAGAUGUACACGGUAUGUAUUUAUUUACAUCUUGAACUUAGGCAAAACAUUCAUGUCAUGUCCCUUUCUCCUGAUGUAAUGGAUCCGCUCCGAUGAAAAAACUUCAAGAGGGCGAUUCAAGUAAUUAGGAAAUUUUUCUUGAUGAGUUAGUUAAUAGUGAAAGAUGUUCUUAGAAACUCCCACAAUAUAGUAGAUUGGAUUUAAGUAAACCUGGCAAAGGAACAUAUUCGAAGUCCAAUUAACAAUAACGAGCAGUAUAAAAUAUUUGAGACAUGACAUUAAUCAAUAAGAUAUUACGUGAAAAAUUCCAUCCAUUGUAUCAAUUUUAUCACACAUCACUUUUAUGCUCUAUCAACAUUGGAUUGAUCAGAAUAGCAAGUUUUUUUUUUCUUCACUUUUAGUGGUUACAAUGUUGCGAUCCUUUGUGAUUUUCUUACAAUGUCGACUUAAAAGUGCAGUCUUAACUUGAAUAUGUGUCUUAACUGAGAUGCUGAGGUGGAUAACCUUUUCUUUUUUGGAAUUACCUGCUUAUAAUUUAUAUAAAAGGAGUACUUCAUUGGUCUGUUAGAUAUAUGCUCAACGGAUUUGAACUUUAGGCAUUUGUUGCUUUAUAGUUUAUACUAUGCAAGGGAAGAGUUGCAAACGCUGUCAAUGGUUUAUGACUUAUUGUGAAAUGCAUCACAAUGAAGUGACACGAUCAGUUUUUGUAGUGUAACACUUUUUGGCAGACUACCACAAUCAGUUUAUGAAGCCGUUUUUAUUGUAACCAACAAGGCAGCCACUUAAUAUCAUGGUUGACCAAUUUUGGAUUUUGCAGGUGAAUACGACAGCUAUUCUUGCAAGGCAGAUCUGAGCAUGCAUCUUCUUAGAUCUGUUUCAAAGUAGAAGCAGUGCCUAGUAAGAAUUAAUGGGAUCACUCUACUUUGUGGCUGUUUUUAAGCACUUUAUAAAUGGAUUUACAGAUUAAACAGAGAGAAGUAUGUCGUGAUUCCUUCCAUGUUGCAGUUUCGAUAAUGAUUUUAUUGAUUGCGACCAUGUAAUGUAAGUUUGGGUGGUUUAGUAUUGGCAUGUACAUGCUGAACAAGUUGAUGAUAUCUGCUGCAGUUUGAGAAAUAGUAAGUUGCCCUUACACAAAUUCAUUGAUUUUGCGAUA